UCAGCUGCUCCACCAGCAUACCUGCAAUUUAGCUUAGAGGAACACUGUUUGCUGCCUUCUUGCUGAUAUUUAUUUGCUGACUUAUGCUUUAUGUUUUUUCAGGAACUAAUGGGGCUGAUUUUAUGGCAUUGGUUAUUUAUCUUCUCCAAUUUAGCCUGGUUCUCUUGCAGUUUGAGUUCAGAUGGCCUUUCCCUCCUUGCUCUCUCCAAGAGGCUCAUACUGCCAGACAUGAUAAACUCAAAUUGGAGUUCUUCUGAUACAACUCCUUGUGCAUGGAUGGGUGUUCAGUGCGAGAGCAACAAUGUAGUUGACCUUAAUCUAUCAUACUACAAAGUUUCUGGUUCAAUCGGUCCUGAAGUGGGGCGUCUGAGGUACCUGAAGCAACUUGAUCUGUCAAGUAACAGAAUCUCCGGUUCAAUCCCUGCUGAGCUGGGCAAUUGCACUCUGCUUACUGUAUUGGAUCUGUCAAAUAACAGCCUUUCCGGUGGGAUUCCAGCAUCCCUUAUGAACCUAAAGAAGCUGUCACAGCUCGGCUUGCACUUCAACUCCCUCAGCGGAGAGAUACCCGAGGGGCUGUUCAGGAACCAAUUCCUGGAGGUGGUGUAUCUCCAUAACAAUACACUCAAUGGUUCGAUACCAUCAUCAGUAGGGGAAAUGAAAAGUCUUCGACACUUUACGGCUGCAGGGAAUAUGCUGUCCGGAGCUCUGCCCGAUUCGAUUGGCAACUGCACCAAGUUGGAGGUUCUAUAUCUGUACGAUAACAAACUGAAUGGCAGUCUUCCGAAAUCCUUGAGCAAUAUCGAAGGACUCAUGGUCCUCGAUGCCAGCAAUAAUAGUUUUACAGGUGACAUCUCUUUUAGAUUCAACAGCUGCAAACUGGAAGACUUUGUAAUAUCCUCAAAUCAGAUCACUGGAAAAAUCCCGGCGUGGCUAGGCAAUUGUAGCAGCUUAACCAGACUUGAACUUCUUCAGAAUCGGCUUUCCAGCCAGAUACCAACUUCGAUCGGCUUAUUGAGAAAUCUCGCACACCUUAUACUUAGUAUGAACUCCUUGUCUGGGCCAAUCCCUCCUGAGAUUGGUGACUGCCGGUCGCUGGUGUUGCUGCAGUUGGGUGCAAACAGGCUUGUGGGCACCAUUCCAAAACAGCUGGCUAAUUUGAGCAAGUUGCAGCGGCUCUAUCUGUUCGACAAUCGCCUCACUGGGGAGUUUCCUCGGGAUAUUUGGGGCAUCCAAAGCCUUGACAGUGUACUUCUGUACAGGAACAGCUUAUCUGGGGGACUACCUCCAAUGUCGGCAGAGUUGAAGCACCUAAAGUUUGUGAAUUUAUUGGAUAAUUUUUUCACCGGAGUCAUACCACCAAGAUUUGGGAUUAAUAGCCCUUUAGUACUGAUUGACUUCACAAAUAAUAGUUUUACUGGUGGAAUCCCACCAAACAUUUGUGCAGGUAAAAGAUUGGAAGUUUUGAAUUUGGGGCAUAAUUUUCUUAACGGCACAAUUCCAUCCACUGUUGCCAAUUGCCCAAGUUUGGAACGAGUUGGUCUCCAGAACAACAGCCUUAAUGGGCAAGUUCCAGAAUUCGGACUUUGUGCAACUCUACUCUAUAUAGAUCUGAGUCAGAAUUCCUUAAGUGGUUAUAUUCCAGCAAGUUUGGGCAGAUGUGCUAACAUUACAAGGAUAAAAUGGUCUAGAAACAACCUGGGUGGUCCAAUACCACCGGAACUUGGAAAAUUACUGAAGUUGGAAAGUCUUGAUCUCUCUCACAACAACCUACAGGGUGCACUUCCUGCAGAGAUUUCUAGUUGUUUGAAGUUGAACUUGCUUGAUUUAAGUUUUAACUCUUUGAAUGGCUCUCCACUCACAACAGUAUGCAAACUGAAGUUAAUGUUAAGUCUGCGGUUGCAGGAGAAUAAAUUCAGUGGAGGCAUUCCAGAUUGUAUCUCGCAGUUAAGUGUGCUAGUCGAGCUACAACUUGGCGGCAAUGUUCUUGGGGGUCAUCUCCCUUCAUCAUUAGGAACAUUAAAAAAAUUGAGUACUGCAUUAAACCUUAGCAGCAAUGAGCUGAAGGGCAGCAUUCCGUCUCAGUUAGGCGACUUAGUGGAUCUUGCAAUAUUAGAUUUGUCAGUUAACAAUCUCAGUGGGGGUCUUGCUCCGUUAGGGAGUCUGCGUUCACUGUAUGCCUUGAACCUUUCCCAUAACAGAUUCAGCGGGCCAGUGCCCCAAAAUCUUCUACAGUUUAUGAAUUUCACGCCAAGUCCAUUCAUUGGAAAUUCAGGUCUCUGUAUGUCCUGCCAUGACGGUGAUUCUUCUUGCAAGGGAGCUAAUGUUUUGAUUCCUUGUAGUUCAUUGAGGAAAAGAGGAGUACACAGCCGAGUGAAGAUCGCUAUGAUAUGUCUUGGUUCGGUUUUUGUAGGUGCAUUUCUAAUACUUUGUAUCUUUCUGAUAUAUAGGGGUUUCAAGACAAAACUUAAGGGAGAGUUAAAUCCCUUUUUUGGGGAGUCAUCUUCUAAAUUAAAUGAGGUUAUAGAGUCAACUGAAAACUUUGAUGACAAGUACAUCAUCGGCAGAGGUGGCCAUGGAAUUGUAUAUAAGGCAACAUUGAGGUCGGGAGAAGUAUAUGCUGUGAAGAAGCUUGUGGGUCAUGCACAUAAGAUUUUGAACGGAAGCAUGAUAAGAGAGAUGAAUACACUUGGUCAAAUUAGGCAUAGGAACUUAGUAAAACUAAAGGAUUUUUUGUUGAAACGUGAGUAUGGGUUGAUUCUCUAUGAAUAUAUGGAGAAUGGUAGCCUUCAUGAUAUUCUGCAUGGGGCUGAGCGAGCUGCAAUUCUGGAGUGGAGAAUACGGUAUGAAAUAGCUCUUGGUACAGCCCAUGGUUUAGCUUAUCUCCACAAUGACUGUAACCCAGCCAUCAUUCACCGUGAUAUCAAACCGAAAAAUAUACUGUUGGAUAAGGACAUGGUGCCACAUAUCUCAGACUUUGGCAUUGCAAAACUUAUCGACCAAUCUCCUGCUCCUUCACUGACUACUGGAAUCAUUGGCACUGUUGGAUAUAUGGCCCCAGAGAUGGCGUUUUCAACCAGGAGUACCAUUGAGUUCGAUGUGUAUAGCUACGGAGUGGUAUUACUUGAACUGAUUACCAGAAAGAUGGCCCUUGAUCCCUCGUUUCCUGACAAUCUGGACCUAGUUAGCUGGGCAUCCUCCACGCUGAGCGAGGGCAAUGUCAUCGAAUCCGUGUGUGACCCAGCUCUUAUGCAUGAAGUAUGCGGCACUGCUGAGCUGGAGGAAGUAUGUAGUGUGAUGUCUAUAGCUCUUAGAUGCACGGCGAAGGACGCAAGCCAGAGGCCUUCCAUGAUGGAUGUUGUGAAAGAGCUGACACGUGCUAGAGGUGAUGCCAGCGUGGCUGUCGAAGCAGGAAAUGACUGGCUGCAGCAGUUCCUGUUGAAAUCCAGCAACAUCCUGUUCUGUUCCAGCAGUUAUGUUAAACGGGGGUAACCAUGCCAUACAAAGUGGUCCCAGCGGUUGGUGAUGCUGGAGAAGAAGGAACCUCAGAAGACAGGCAGAAAUGGAGGAGCAGAUGCUUCAGGUGGCAUCGUCCCUUGCCGAAAGGUGCUUCAGCAACUCGUUGAAACACAACUCCACCAGUCCAAUUCAUGGAAUUAGAGAGGACUAGAUAAAGGGGCGGUUGUGCCCAACAAGUAUGUUGGUUCUUGUUCUUUUCGAUGUAUGUCAGCUGCGUCUUUGCUGGUAGAUAGUAUGCACUGAUGCCCACUUUACCUACAUGCUCCGUUAGUGUUCGGUAGCAGUGCAAGUCUUCCAAAAUUAAUAA